AUGGCGGCGCCGCGGCUGCUGCGGGCGGCUGCCCCGCGGCUCUACGGCACCCUGGUGGCCCCGGCGCCCGCCCGCCAGCCCCGCGACGCAGAGGACAGGCUGCUCAGCGAGCCCCUCGGCCACCCCGACUUCUUCAACGUGAAGGAGCUCUUCUCCCUGAAGGACCUCUUCGACGCCCGCGUGCACCUGGGCCACAAGAAGGGCUGCCGGCACCGGUUCAUGGAGCCCUACAUCUUCGGCUGCCGCCUCGGCCAGGACAUCAUCGACCUGGAGCAGACGGCGCAGCACCUGCAGCGGGCGCUCAACUUCACGGCGCACGUCGCCUACCGCAAGGGCAUCAUCCUCUUCGUGAGCCGCAACCGGCAGUUCUGUCACCUGGUGGAGAGCACGGCGCGGGCGUGCGGGGAGUACGCGCACACGCGCUACUGGCAGGGCGGCCUCCUCACCAACGCCCACGUGCAGCUGGGGCCCGGCGUGCGCCUGCCCGACCUCCUCGUCUUCCUCAGCAGCCUCAACAACGUCUUCGAGCCGCACGUGGCCAUCCGCGACGCGGCCAAGAUGAACAUCCCCACCGUGGGGGUGGUGGACACGAACUGCAACCCCUGCCUCAUCAGCUACCCCGUGCCCGGCAACGAUGACAGCCCCGCGGCCGUGGAGCUCUACUGCAAGCUCUUCAGGAUGGCCAUCGUGCGCGCCAAGGACAAGAGGAGGCAGCGCGAGGUCUUCGGCGAGCUGCAGAGCAGAGCGGAGGGCGCCUAGAGCCGCUGGGGACAGCAGGGACACCUUCCUGCUGACGGGGCACGGGACGUGGGGCUCUUGGCAGGGCUGGAGGUGCCAGAAGGGACCCCCGGCUCUGUCACUGCGGUGGGGACCGGAGCGGAGGAUCUGCCUGUGAUGGAACCUCCCUGUUCCGCUCUCCAGCCCCAAAACACCGUCCAAAGUACCCCGAGGGGAGACGGAGUGGGGCCAGUCCCGCUUCCUUUCCUUGCAUUUGUCCCCUGCGCAAAGUGGCACUUCUGUCCCAAGGCCUUCUGAGCUUCCACGCUUGUAUAAAAUUACGGUUUUUUUCUUGACAAA